AUGUGCCAGGCUCGCCCUGGGCCACUACGCUCCCUCGCCCACUGGGUGCCUGCUGUGGCCAGGCUGAGGCACCUAGGGAGUUGCACCCCUAGUGGACGGCCUCUCAGGAGAUCCCGGCCACUCUCUGGGAACCUGGAAUCCUCCAAGCAUCGUCUUUCUCGCUCACAUCUUCAGAGAGAGGUACUGAGCCCUCUCUCAGGGACACAGCAUCCCGGGAGGCAGCCUUCACCAGGGACCUGCCCAGGAAACCGCCAGCUGCCCAGCUGUAGCUGUGCAUUGAUGGCGCCGUGCGGCCCGGCUGCAGGUCCCGCAGUCACGGAGAGGACCCAACAGGCGGUGCAGGGACAGCCCGGCUCAGCGUGUGGUCAGCUCCAAGUCAGCCCUGAAAUGUCCAUUACUCACAAAGAAAAGGAAAAUGCUCAUUUGAAAGACAUUCUUCUCUUUGACAAUGCUGAGACAUUCUCCCAGCCCCAGCCCCACAGUGCCCCAGUGUGUGAAGGACAACAGCUGUUGGGGAAGUUCAGUGCAUCUGUCCUAACCAGGGCUGGAGGUGGUGCCAGUCUGUGCAGCUGGGAACACCUCCUCCGCUGUGGCUGAAGGGGCUCCACCUGGCACCUGUGCCACCAGUGGCCCCUGAACGGGCAUCCAGGCCCACCCUUAAUAAAGAUGCAUUGCUCAU